GAGGACCCAGAGAGGGAAUUGAAGCUUUGGCAAGGAGAGAUGGUUCAUAGCCAUCAUCAUCAUCAUCAUUCAUCAUACAUCGACCUGAUCAUCCUACUGCAGGACCUGCACGAUACUUCGAGUCUAUCACAUUGCUGAUUAGCAGCGCAUUGCCCAAGGAGUGUUCCCCGUACGAAUAGCAAUGCCGUGAGCAUGGUAAUAUUAAACUUCAAUGCACGUUCUCCAUACGCAGUCCUCCAUCAUAAACCGAGCACCGUUCCCCCCCUCGGAUUGAGCUCUCGAUUGGUCCGUGGCUGGCGUCCCUUUCUGGUCUGCUCUUCUCCUCCUCCUCAUCUCUGCUUCUCCCUCUUUUCUCUCUUCCACCCCUCUCUCCCUCCCUUCCAUUCUUCCAUUCUCUCCAUGCGCCGCGAGAAUCGGACGCUGUGAGCAGGCCAUUUAUCAAUUCCCAUUCCAUCCCCCCAAAAACACAAUAUCGCCCAAAAAAAAAGAAACUUGGAAAGGAGGUUCGAAUACGCAACUCCCAGUUCGAACAAUCGGCCCCUCUCCUUAUUUUUUUUUCUCUGCCCCCGUCCUCCAGUAGCGACGUGCAGCAGAACCGACAACCUCACACUGGCUGGGAGCAAUUGUCACCUUUUUGAUCUCACCCUCGCUUUGAUUUCUUUUCCCCCGCUGUCGCAGUCGGGCUCCUUUCGUCUUUAGUUUGGACUCGAAUUACGACUUUCGAAUUUUGGUUCCUUGGAAAACCCGCAAUCGCAAUCGCAAUCGAACUCCGCCAGCACGUCCAAGCCUCUCCUGCCCGGUUCGAAUCGCAUUCCCCGAUAGCCUGUAUAUUUCGAACCAUCCCGCUCGUUUCCGUGGUCAAGACCGUACAUCCUCGGAAGAAGAAGGAAUCUAGGAUAUCGCAAUUGAUAUACUUACCCCCUGAUAAUCGCAAUUGGCAUCUUUAGCUCGUGUAUUCCCACUGUAUCAGAUAUACAGCGAUUGUCCCCCAACCCCACCCAUAUAAAGCCCUGUCUACUUUCUAGCGGCAGUACAGGAUCAUACCACAUUCAGUUACGCGCAAAUCUGCCUGAAACAGCAAACUGCCACACCUUCCCAAAAUGGCAACGCCCACCUCCAGCCGCGCGCCUUCCGAUGCGCUGCCCGUUGAAAAUGGCCAAUCUCUCGCCGCCCGUCGCACCUCGCUCGGUUUCCUUCGUCGUUCGAAAUCUACCGAGCCGCUCGGUGAACGCAAGCCUUCCGGCAGCCGCAAGAAGAUGUCCAAGACCCAAGCCAUGGAAGAGGAACUCCGUCGUCAGCGUGAAUCUUACGCCCCCAAGAGCGCCCCCCGCUUGCCGGAUCUGUCCCCGACUCCUCAACUCGAGACCUUUGGUGGUGAAGAACGUGACACCCUCGCCCCCGAGCCUCCCACGUCUCGUCCUAAAUCGGGAAUCCCCGUCCCGACUGCAUCCAUGAGCUCGCCCGUCGACGCCGUUGACCCGUACGCGCGUACGGAGAGCAUGACCCAUCGUGGUCGUUACAGCUAUGCCAGCAGUGCCGUCAGCACCGUCAACAACCCCCGUCGUAUCCGUCGUCGGAAGGAUCCCACCCCUUACAAUGUGCUCGUGGUUGGUGCCCGCAACUCCGGCAAGACCUCUUUCCUCAACUUCCUGCGCAAGGCUCUGACCAUGCCCCCGCACAAACACCCUUCCCGUAGCCCGGAAGAGCUGGAAGAACUGGAGCGCCAAACCUCUGCCUACGAAGGAUUCACCUCGCAAUACUUGGAGACCGAGAUUGAUGGAGAGCGUGUCGGCCUGACCCUGUGGGAUUCCACUGGUCUCGAGCGCAACAUCGUGGACCUGCAGAUGCGUGCCGUGACUGGCUUCCUGGAGAGCAAGUUUGAGGAGACCCUCGCGGAGGAGAUGAAGGUCGUGCGCUCUCCCGGUGCUCGCGACACCCACAUCCACUGCACCUUCCUGCUGCUGGAUCCCGUUCGUCUCGACGAGAACAUUGCCGCUGCCGAACGCAUCGCCAAUGGCACGGCUAAAGCUACCGACGGCCCCGUGGUUGGUGUCCUGGACCAGAAUCUCGACCUGCAGGUGCUGCGCACCAUCCUGGGCAAGACCACCAUUGUCCCGGUCAUUAGCAAGGCAGAUACCAUCACCUCGACCCACAUGGGAUACCUUCGCAAGGCCGUGUGGAACAGUUUGAAGCAGGCCAACAUCGAUCCCCUGGAGAUCUUGACCUUGGAGGACCAGGAAGAGUAUACUUCAUCGGAGAGUGCGGAUGAGGAAGAAUCCGUGCACGGAGAGACCCUCGAGACUCCCGCCGAGCCUGCCGAAGAAGCCAGCGAAUCCAAGGAAGAGCAGACCGACGGCCCGACCGAGUCAAAGAGCCAGGAAGCGCCCGAGCCGUCUAUCCCCCAGUCGCCCUCGCAACGCAGUCAAAACUCCCUCGGCGCUUCGCCCGCCAACCCGCACGUUCCCUUCUCCAUUCUCUCCCCGGACCCGCACUCCUUAGCCUCUGGGGAAGAACCGGUCGGACGUCGAUUCCCCUGGGGUUUCGCCGACCCGUACGAUCCGGAGCACUGUGACUUUGUGCGCCUGAAGGACUCGGUGUUUAGCGAAUGGCGAGCUGAGCUGCGUGAUGCCAGCCGUGUGAUCUGGUAUGAGCGCUGGAGAACCAACCGGCUCAACCGUAAUGGCCAGCCCACACCGCUGCCAUCCAAGAAGUCAUACGCAGGUCGCAUGGGACCCAUUCACGACGGUCGCCGCACGCGAUAAACGGACGAAUCAACCUGCCAGUUUCACCUUUUGACUCCGAUUCCCACCUCUCUCUCUCUGGCUGCUCAGCCCGUGUAUCUGAUUUUGCCUUUUUUUUUUCGUUUGAUUCCCGACCCUUUUCCUGCCUGUUCGCAUAGCUUGCAGUUUUCGCACAUACCCCCCGAAUUCUUUUCUUUUUCUUUUCCGUGGUCGUGUCUAUUCGUCCAUGGAUUUUCUUUCUUUUUUUUUUCCCACUUCGUGUCUUCACUCGACCUUCUGUCGGACUACAACUACAAAUCCACUUCCUGACCUUCCUUUGCUGCCUCUUUACCUCUGGUCCACCUUGUAUCUUUCCUUUCUGACAAAAUGUCUCACACCGUAUCCGGAGUGAACGAAUCCUGUAUUCAACGCCUUUUUCAAAGUUGCUGAUGUGCUUUGCUUGCAGUUAUCGGCUGACUAGCCGGUGACUGUCCGUGUCUUCUGUAUGGUAUAAGUCUAGUGGUGCUUUGGUAUACUUGUAGAGCGUACUCCGCAGAGUGCGUGUAGUCUUGUAGACGCCCUUUCUGGUCCGUGGCUAGCUUGAUAACUUGAAUCUUCAUUUUUUG